AUGUCAUCUAAAAGAAAGUCGCCACCCUCGAAAUUGCAAGAAGGAGCCGCCGACACAGAAAAAUCGGAAGCCGGACCAGCGAACCUGGACUUCUCCGACAACCACGAGUCAGACGACACCGACCACCAGAACUUUUACAAAUUCUCACCGAGCUCCUCACCCAGAUCCUCGAUCAGCGAAGAAGAAGCGUACGAAGACGAACAGCCGAGCAAAAAGCAACGAUUCGACCAAUCAUUAGACAUGACAAACAACCUUCUAGUCCCAUCGUCCUUUUUAAGUCUUCACCAGGUCAACGACCUCCAAACGAGAAGACGUGGUUCCUCAGAAUGCAGCAGUCCCGGUGCAGAAGCGAAAGUUUUGGGGCUGUGCAAUAAUAACAAUUCAUUGUUGAAUCACAAUAGCGCGUUGUCGCUCGCACCACCUCAUAAGCGGUCGAUGGAUGAUGUACUGAAGAGAUUAACGUCCAAAAUGAAUAACAGCACGAUUAAAGAAGAGAAAAGGCCUACGCCCUCUACGACGCCUGUUAAACAAAACAAUGAUAGACGAGGCGUUUUAGACGCUGCAGCACUACAGGCAUUAGCUGGUGAAAGCGUCCUGGAGAAGGAACGACAGCUGUCGGAGAUGAUCAUGCAGCUCCAAAUGGUUAGGGAGCAACUUCUAGCUCAACAGGAACAUAACAAGAAUAUGGGCACGGUGUCAGCGGAAAUGGAACUGCAGAGACUUCAGCAGGAACACCUCAGAAGACAGGAGAUGGUGAGGCGUGGACACUCCUUAUACCCUGGACCUCCACUUGGGCUUCUUCCACUAUUAGAGCAGAUGCGACCGCAACCACCCCCACCAUCAAAUGUGGUGCCAACGCCAACAUGGCCGGCGACAGCUCAGCUCGCACAGCUGACAGCUAGCGCCCGGUCCUCCCCACCACAAGACCCCGAUGCGCCUUUAAAUCUUAGCAAGCAACGAUCACCGUCACCCGCCCAACCCAUGAUGCUCCCGAGAUUCGUACCAUAUCCGCCGAUGGAAGACAAUAGUCCAUAUAUGAAGAAGGAUGAUGACUACAAUUCACAGUGCAACUCUUCAUCUUGGGCUCAGUCUCCUCCAGAAGAAGCAGAGAAGGCUAAACUGAUCCGUCAGCCAAAGCGCGACGAAGCCGGUAAACCGCAUAUCAAAAGACCCAUGAAUGCUUUUAUGGUUUGGGCAAAGGACGAGCGCCGUAAGAUUCUAAAGGCUUGUCCAGAUAUGCAUAACUCUAACAUAUCGAAGAUUCUCGGUGCGAGAUGGAAGGCCAUGUCUAAUGCAGAGAAACAGCCAUAUUAUGAAGAACAGUCAAGACUAUCAAAGCUACAUAUGGAAAAGCAUCCUGAUUAUAGGUACCGACCAAGACCGAAGCGAACAUGCAUAGUAGAUGGGAAAAAGAUGCGGAUAUCGGAAUACAAGAAUCUAAUGCGUACACGCAGACAAGAGAUGAGACAGCUUUGGUGCAGAGAUGGGGGAAGCGAACUGAACUUUCUCCCCUCUUUGUCAAGUCCGGGGCCGUCUAACUCAUCCCCUCCACCCAAUGGUGGUAACUACAUGAAUCCAGGUUUCUCUCCUCCAAUGUCACCAAGAGAGGAAGAUUGA